GGGGUCCCGGGGCAGCAGCGGGAUGGAGACGCACCAGGCCGGGGGGCGGUCGGUUGCCCCUGCUCGCCCAUCCCCCACCGGUGCCGAGAGCAUUUCCUGCAUCAAGCAAAUUGGAGCGUCCCUGCUCCGGGGGUUCGUCUGGUCCCUGCUCCAACAGCAGGGCUCCGGGUCCCCCCCCGCCCGGUCGGUCACCAUGGAGGAGCUGGGGGGCCAGGACACCCCUGACGGGCCCCGGGUUACCUCCCUGCGUGAGACUCUGCACCGGAUAUGGGGGAGCAUGAGCCAGAACCCCGAGAUCGACAGCCUGGUGCAGUGCAUGGCGGGGCAGCCCCCCCUGCCGGCGCUGGCUGCGGUCUCGGAGGAGGUGUUUCGUGACGGCAUCAACUGGGGCAGAGUCGUCGUCUUCUUCUACUUCACCUACAGGGUCAUUGCUCAGGCUCUGGGCAGGUCUGACUGUCUCCGGUCCCUGAUCGACUGGGCCCUAAACUUCCUGUGGGAGCGAGUCGCCCCCUGGAUCCAGCACCAGGGGGGCUGGGACUCCAUCUUCAGUUACCUCACCUCCUCUGCCUAGGGGGGGGCACAGACCCCCCCCCGGACGGCAUCAGCAGCUGGACAGAGCAGCCCCCCCUCUGCAGCAGAGACCCCACUGGGUGGAUGGUGGGGGGAAUUACCUGCAGAAGCAAAGGCAGGAGGAGGCGGCUGGGGGGGGGGGCGUGUGAGCAUCUCCCCACCCCGCAAAAAAAAAGAGAAAAUCACAAAUGAAAAAGGACAAAUAAUCAGGGCUGCCAAUGAAUCACGAUUAACGCGAAACAAAUUAACUCGAUUU